AAACCAGCUUCUAUACGGUUGACGCUAGCAUCGCAUAGGGGGACUGUUGCUGAUCGCAGGUCAUACGUCUCCCGCGUCGCCUCAGUUACCUAUACCACUGCGCUCACGAGGUCAUACAUAAUUCUGCGAGUGCGUAUGAGGUAGAAAGUUAGUCACAAUAUGCCUCCACCUACCAAAGCUUGCUGCGCACAUGACCACGACUGCGAAUCAGCUGACUGUGGCGUCGCCUACUCACUCUACAAGCACAUCAGCACCGACCAGGUCCGCUGCCUGAACGAGCAAGUGGUUGGAUCCUGUCGUACCGUACUGCGCCCCUGGUCCGACCGCCUGCAGCCGCCGCCCGCCCCAGGGCCUCUGCGCAGCAACCCAGAUGACGAGGAGCAGGAGCUGCUGCUGCACAUACCGUUCGACGGCGCGGUGAAGCUAAAGGCCAUCAGCCUCAUCUCCGCCGGCCCGCCCGGCACCGCCCCCGCCCGCAUGCGCGCCUUCGUCAACCGAGAUGACCUGGACUUCGCGGGAGCCGCCUCCCUGCCGCCCGUGCAGGAGUGGGAGCUGGCGCCGGAUGGGGACGUGCGGGGCGUCAUAGAGUACCCCACCCAGGUUGCUCGCUUCACGGGUGUGCACUGUCUGGACCUGCUGAUCAGCGGCGCGGGGGCGGGGGCGGGGUCGGAGGCGGUGGUGGAGGUGCACUUCCUGGGCCUCAAGGGGGAAUUCGCGGAGCGCCGGCGGCAGGCGGUGGAGGCGGUGUAUGAGGCGCGGCCGGUGCCGGGGGACCAGCCGCGCAUCCCUGGCAUUGGGGAGGGGGCGCACUGGCACUCGUGAUGUGGGUUGUGGGGUGUUGGGUGGUUCCAAGGGUGGGGUGCGAUGGGUUAGGAGUCAGGCGCACGAGCGGCGAUGCUAGCGGUAUGUGUGUGGGAGGAAUUGCGGGUGCUAGUUAAUAUCAGGCUUUGGGAGUGUUGGGUAUGUGAGCUAGGAGGGAGGACAAGAGCGGUGCUAGGAGAGGAAGGAGAAGAGGGCGCGUCUAGGGGAGGCGCGUUUGAGAUCAGGAAGAUGUGAUGGUUGGCUUGAAGUGCGCGGAUGUGUCGGAGGGUGGAUCGAACGACGUGGCUGCAGGGCGGUGCGGCUCAGGAGCAAGG